AUGGAAAAGCAAAUAAUAUCUUCUUCAAACUUCUUAUUUUUCUCUCUAGCUCUAAUCAUCAUUCUCUCCCCCGUACCCAAUCUCGCUUCUGCUUCUUUGGAGGAAGCCAAUUCUCUUCUUAAAUGGAAAGCAAGCCUUCAAAUCCCAAACAACUCCUUUCUCUCUUCAUGGCUUCCCCUCCCUAUGAACUCUGGUGCAUCAGUUCAAUGUACCUCUUGGUUUGGAGUAGUUUGCAAUGCUGAAGGGAGCAUUCACAGGUUGAACCUCUCGAGAUCUGGCUUAAAGGGUACACUUCAUCGAUUUUCAUUCUCAUUGCUACACAAUCUUACACAUUUAGAUCUCAGUGUAAAUAACUUCUUUGGCCCCAUUCCACUAGAAAUCCAACUCCUGUCCAAACUUGUUUAUCUUAAUAUUUCAUUCAAUACGUUUUCUGGAGUAAUCCCACGUGAAAUAGGAACCCUCCGCCAGCUAACCGACCUGGACUUAGACAAAAACAAUCUAACUGGUUCCGUUCCGAAAGAAAUAGGAAACAUGGUGUCACUUAAGUUCCUAAGCAUCUCUGUAAACAAUCUAUCUGGCUUAAUUCCUUCAACAUUGGGUAAUUUGACAUCUUUGAAUACCCUUUUUUUGUUCUACAAUCAACUCUAUGGUCACAUUCCAAAUGAACUUGGAAAUUUAAAGUCUCUCACUGAGCUCGCGUUGAGCCUAAAUCAACUUAGCGGUUCUAUUCCUUCAUCACUAGCAAACCUCAGCAACCUACAACGUCUGUUCCUCGGUGCUAAUACUUUUUCAGGUUCAAUUCCACAAGGACUUGGAAGCCUAGACUUGAUUAAGCUAGAGUUGGAUGACAAUCAGUUGUCUGGGAAAUUGCCCAAAGAUCUGUGCCAUGGGGGGAUGCUUCAAAAAUUGACAGUAUCGGGUAAUCAACUCACCGGUCCUAUUCCAAGAGGCUUAUUGAAUUGUCCUAGCUUAAUAAGAGUUCGUUUUGAUCGUAAUCAAUUCAGUGGAAAUAUAUCAAAUAGUUUUGGGUUCUAUCCAAACUUAGCUUACCUUGAUAUCAGUUACAAUCAUUUUCAUGGGGAGCUUUCUAAAAACUGGAGUAAAUGCAAGAAUUUGACAGUCUUAAAUAUGGGAUACAACAGCAUCAGUGGUUGCAUACCUCUAGAGUUUGGAAGUGCAACUCAACUACGAAAGCUUAAUCUUUCUUCAAAUCAUUUUAUUGGUGAGAUCCCAAAAGAGUUGGGGAAGAUGACAAGUAUGUUGUAUAUGUCUUUGGCUGAUAACCAACUUUCAGGUAUUAUACCUCCAGAGCUUGGAUCACUGCAUGAUCUCCUUGCUAUCGAUUUGUCCUCAAAUAGAUUAAAUGGUUCGAUACCAAAAAGUAUUGAUAAUUGGACUUAUAUCUACAACUUAAAUCUUAGUAACAACAUGCUCAGUGAAAAAAUUCCAUCUGAGAUUGGUAAAUUAGUUCAGCUUACGGAACUAGAUUUAUCUCAGAAUUUGCUCAAGGAAGAGAUACCAUCUGAAGUUCAAAGUUUGCAAAGUUUGCAAAAAUUGAAUCUUUCUCACAAUAGAUUAUCUGGUUCUAUUCCUGAUGCUAUUAAAAGUUUGCCUCGUGGGACUGAUAUUGACUUGUCUUACAAUGAGCUCUCAGGUCCAGUUCCCACUAACACUAACUUUGUGAAUGUGUCUAUAGAAGGCAAUCCACAUUUGUGUGGAAAUUUUACAGGACUAAAAUUUUGUGCAAGUCAAAUCUCGAAGAAGAAAAAUGAUCCCUUUCAUCAUCAACUCGUCCUUGUAAUUAUGCUCCCUCUUAUCGGGGCAAUUUUACUUGGUUUUUUCAUUUGUGGCCUCAUUGCUUAUCGAAAACGAAAGAGUCAUUCUUCCCAGAAACCAUUGGACAAAAAAAGUGGUGAUUAUUUCUUCAUAACAAGUUUUGAUGGAGGAGUAGCACAUGAUGACAUCUUGAAAGCAACAAAUAAUUUUGAUGAAGCAUACUCCAUUGGGACCGGAGGAUAUGGGACUGUGUACAAAGCCGAGAUACAACCUAACAAUGUGGUAGCUGUCAAGAAACUUCACUCAUCAUCAUCUCAGAAUGUUGAUCAUAAUGGUUUCCUUAAUGAGAUACGAGCAUUAACAAACAUAAGGCAUCGGAACAUAGUGAAACUCUAUGGAUAUUGCUCACAUACCCGCCACUCAUUUUUGAUUUAUGAAUACCUUGAAAAAGGGUGCAUUGGAUCAAUCUUAAGAAGCGAUGUCUUAGCAAAAGAAUUGGAUUGGUUGAAAAGGGUCAAUAUUGUAAGGGCUAUAGCUAAUGGUUUGGCUUAUAUGCAUCACGACUGCUCACCUCCUUUAAUUCAUAGAGACAUUUCCAUUGGCAACAUCCUUCUUGAUUCUGAUUAUGAGGCACAUAUUUCUGAUUUUGGGACGUCCAAGCUUUUAAAGCUAGACUCAUCAAACUGGACCGCUAUUGCAGGCACCUAUGGUUAUAUCGCGCCAGAGCUUGCUUAUACGAUGGUUGCAACCGAGAAAUGUGAUGUGUAUAGCUUUGGCAUUGUUGCACUUGAAGUUAUCAUGGGAAAACAUCCCGGUGAACUACCAACAUUGUCUGCUGAUUAUCUAGUGUUGGAAAAUGUGGGAGACAGUCGGAUUCCACUUCCCUCACCACAAGCUGAGAAACAAGUUAAGUUGGUGCUGAGUCUCUCAAGAGCAUGUUUGAACUCCAAUCCGAACGGAAGACCAACAAUGCGCCAAGUUUCAAAUCUGUUGAUGAAGGAUCUGCUUUGAAAUGACAUUUGUUGUCCAAUCGAUAUAGUGUACUUUCAAUGUUCUUUACUUUUCUCAAGUUCUCUAUAUGCAUCAUG